UAAACCAUCAGUUCUCACCUGGAUGAGCAUCAGAACAGAAAAACACUUUCAGUUCAUGUAGAAUAAACUCUAGACAUGUUUCAGUGUGUGAUUUACAUUGUGUUGAAUGAAUGGAAAUGCUUCAUAUCUUUGUUUCUUCUGCUUUUAGUGCUGAUGUCCUUCAUCCACUCUGGACUCAAUCAAUAUGCUGAAGUAAAACCUGUAGUGAAGGUGACGCCAGAUCAGCGUGUGUUCAGAGGAGAGAGAGUCACUCUCACAUGUGACUUACAGGGAGGACGAAACAUUCAGUGGACAUACAGAUGGUUUAAAGAUAGAAACCCUUUCUAUCCAUACAAAACAACAACAGCAGAGUUCAGUUUCACAGCUGAAGUGUCUGACAGUGGUGAAUACAUCUGUAGAGGAGAGAGAUCACACUCACAGACAGACAUCAGUGCUGCUGUUACACUGACUGUAUCAGAUUUACCCACAUCUACACUGACUGUGACACCAGACAGUCCUGCAUUCACUGGAGAGACAGUCAGUCUGAAGUGUGUGAUAAACUCUGAUCACAGUGACUGGAGAUAUGAGUGGAAUAAAGGCUACAGUGUGUUACAGACGUCUGAGCGUUACACUGUAAACAGAGACACUCUCAGUAUUGUUGGAGCUGUUAAGUCUGAUCAGGGUCAGUACUGGUGUAGAGGACUGAGAGAUGGAAGACCAAACUCAUCACAAUCAAGCUCUGCUGUUUAUCUCUCUGUGAAGUAUUCACCCACAUCUACACUGACUGUGACACCAGACAGAUCUGUAUUCACUGGAGAGACAGUCAAUCUGAAGUGUGAGAUAGAGACUUACAGUAACUGGAGGCAGAGAAAUUAUCUGACAUAUGACUGGAGAGACUGGACACAUGAGUGGAGAUAUGAGUGGUAUAAAGGCAGCAGAGACAGUGUGUUACAGACGUCUGAGCAUUACACUGUAAACAGAGACACUCUCAGUAUUGUUGGAGCUGUUACAUCUGAUCAGGAUCAGUACUGGUGUAGAGGACUGAGAGAUGGAAGACCAAACUCAUCACAAUCAAGCUCUGUUUCUCUCUCUGUGAAGGAUAAACCGAAGCCAAUUCUGACUGUAAAGCCCCAGAGUUCAGUGUUCACUGGAGACACAGUUACUCUCAGCUGUGACGUGGGACAGUCAACUGGAUGGACGUUUCUCUGGAGGAAAGACUCAAACCCUGAAUCCACUGAUCAUUCAACUAAAACAAUCAGUUCUGUGAGAGUCUCUGAUGGAGGAACAUACCAGUGCAGAGCAGAGAGAGGAAAAUACUACACAGAGCUCAGUGAUACAAUUAACAUAACAGUAAGCAAGAGACCCAAACCUGUAGUGCGUGUUCAGCCUGAUGUUCGUGUGUUCAGAGGAGAGACGGUCACUCUCACAUGUGACAUACAGGAGACAGGAGUCUGGCGGUACAUCUGGUAUAAAGAUCAUUACAGUGCAGGACAAGACAAGAACUAUAAAAUCACAUCUGUGGAUUGGUCUCAUGCUGGUGUGUACAGCUGUAGAGGAACCCAGCCUAAAGCCCCACAGUACUCAGAGUUCAGUGAUGGAGUUACACUGACAGUAUCAGAUUCACCCAUAUAUACAUUGACUGUGACACCAGACAGAUCUGUAUUCACUGGAGAGACAGUCAAUCUGAAGUGUGAAAUAGAGACUUACAGUGACUGGAAAAGGAGAAAUGGUCUGACACAUGACUGGAGAAAUGACUGGACACAUGAGUGGAGAUAUGAGUGGUAUAAAGGCAGCAGAUACAGUGUGUUACAGAAGUCUGAGCGUUACACUGUAAACAGAGACACUCUCAGUAUUGUUGGAGCUGUUACAUCUGAUCAGGAUCAGUACUGGUGUAGAGGACUGAGAGAUGGAAGACCAAACUCAUCACAAUCAAGAUCUGUUUCUCUCUCUGUGAAGGAUUUACCCACACCUACACUGACUGUGACACCAGACAGAUCUGUAUUCACUGGAGAGACAGUCAAUCUGAAGUGUGAGAUAAACUCUGAUCACAGUGACUGGAGAUAUGAGUGGAAUAAAUACAGUUCAAUGUUACAGAGGUCUGAGCGUUACACUGUAAACAGAGACACUCUCAGUAUUGUUGAAGCUGUUAAGUCUGAUCAGGGUCAGUACACGUGUAAAGGACACAUAGAUGGAAGAUCAGUUUCAUCACAAUCAAGCUCUGCUGUUUCUCUCUCUGUGGAGGAUAAACCGAAGCCAUUUCUGACUGUAAAGCCCCAGAGUUCAGUGUUCACUGGAGACACAGUUACUCUCAGCUGUGACGUGGGACAGUCAACUGGAUGGACGUUUCUCUGGAGGAAAGAUUCAAACCCUGAAUCCAUUGAUCAUUCAACUAAAACAAUCAGUUCUGUGAGAGUCUCUGAUGGAGGAACAUACCAGUGCAGAGCAGAGAGAGGAAACUACUACACAGAGCUCAGUGAUACAAUUAAGAUAACAGUGAGAGAGAGACCCAAACCUGUAGUGCGUGUUCAGCCUGAUGGUCGUGUGUUCAGAGGAGAGACGGUCACUCUCACAUGUGACAUACAGGAGACAGGAGUCUGGCGGUACAUCUGGUAUAAAGAUCAUUACAGCAGAGGACAAGACCAGAUCUAUUACAGCGCAGGACAAGACAAGAACUAUAAAAUCACAUCUGUGGAUUGGUCUCAUGCUGGUGUGUACAGCUGUAGAGGAACCCAGCCUAAAGCCCCACAGUACUCAGAGUUCAGUGAUGGAGUUACACUGACAGUAUCAGAUUUACCCACAUCUACACUGACUGUGACACCAGACAGAUCUGUAUUCACUGGAGAGACAGUCAAUCUGAAGUGUGAGAUAAAGUCUGAUCACAGUGACUGGAGAUAUGAGUGGAAUAAAGACAGUUCAAUGUUACAGAGGUCUGAGCGUUACACUGUAAACAGAGACACUCUCAGUAUUGUGAAAGCUGUGGUGUCUGAUCAGGGUCGGUACACGUGUAAAGGACACAUAGAUGGAAGAUCAGUUUCAUCACGAUCAAGAUCUGUUUCUCUCUCUGUGAAGGGUCUAAAGCCAAAGCCUGAACUCACAUCAGAUCCUGCAGGAGCUGCACUGACAGGAAACACAGUGACUUUGACCUGUCGCAUGGAUCCGUCCACUGGAUACUGGGACUUUUACUGGUACAAACACACACUGAACCCUGAGACAGAGAAGACACAAACAAACUCCUACAGACUGAAGAUUGAUUCAGUGUCUGAUGGAGGCCAGUACUGGUGUAGAGCUGGAAGAGGGAAACCAGUUUAUUACACAAACUACAGUGAUGCACUGUGGGUCAAUGUUACAGAGAGUCCUAAAGCUGUGUUGACGGUACGACCUGAUGAACGAGUGUUCAGAGGAGAAACAGUCACUCUCAGAUGUGAUAUAAAGUGGGGAGGAGACACUGAGUGGACAUACAGAUGGGAAAUAGGGGGAACCAACAACCAAUAUAAAAACACUCUCAACCAAAUCUCAACACAAGAGUUGAACAUCAGCAGUGUUGAUCACUUUCACAGUGGUAAAUACACCUGUACAGGACAGAUAAACACUCAAAGCUCUCAGCGCAGUGAUGCUGUUACACUGACUGUAUCAGCUGAAGCUCAGGCAGCAGUGCGAGUGUCUCCACAGCCGUGGCUGACUGAAGGAGAAUCAGUGACUCUGAUCUGUGAGGUUUCAGGCUCCUCUACAGGCUGGACGUUCAGCUGGUUCAGAGAUCAUGAUCAUCUGUCAGACAGCAGCAGAGGAGCUGGAGGAUCUUACACUCUCAGUCCUGCUGCUCUACAGCACACAGGAGUUUAUACGUGCAGAGCAGAGAGAGGACGACCAGCCUAUUACACACACAACAGCAGCACACAGCCACUGUGGGUCACUGGUGUUUCUUCUUCAGUGUCUCUAGUCAUCAAUCCCAGCAGAAGUCAACACUUCUCAUCUGACUCUCUCUCUCUGAGCUGUGAGGAUCAGAGUAACUCUGCUGGAUGGACAGUGAGAAGAUACACAGACAAAGACACAAAAACUUGUUCAACACAAACAGGAUCUGCAUGUGUAAUCGAGUCUCUCAGCACAUCUGACACUGGAGUGUACUGGUGUCAGUCUGAAUCUGGAGAGAAACGUCAUCCUCAAAACAUCACUGUACAUGAUGGUGAAGUGAUUCUGGUGAGUUCUGUUGAUCCUGUGAUUGAGGGAGAGACUCUGACUCUACACUGUUUACAUCGAUCUACAAACUCCUCGAUCCUCAGCGCUGAUUUCUAUAAAGACGGAUCACUGGUCCAGAAUCAGACGACAGGAGAGAUGAGCAUCACUACUGUCUCAAAGUCACAUGAGGGUUUCUACUACUGUAAAACAGAGAGAGGACAGUCACUCCACAGCUGGAUCUCAGUCAGAGUGUCACGUUCAGGUCAGAUUUCUGUCUUCAAAGUCCUCAGUUUUCUUCUGGCAGCUUGUCAGUAUCUGAUAGCGACAGUCGUGCUGCUUUACAAAUGUUACAGAGCAAGAGUCCCAUCUGCUGAAGACCAAAAUCAGUACGCCGUAACAGAGGAAGAAACUUCAAUCUGAUAUUAACAUGUUUUAAAAGAUUCAGAAUAUUCAUUUUACAUACUUUUAUUUCUGUCAGCAUAUUUGAUUGACCUUAUAUCAUUUGUCAUUAAGCUUGAGAAAUAUUUUAGUGUUGUUCUGCUUUUAUUUGGUAACCGACCAUGUUGUUGUUAUUAUUUAGAUUUGUCAUAUCCUUAAAAGAACAAGCUUCAAUGACUUAAUCAUGACUUUGUGAUGUUUGUUCUUCCAAUAGUGAAAGCAUGACAAUGAUUCUGUUCUUCAGUUUUAUUGGUUUUGGUUACCAGUUGCCUGUUCUGUUUCACUUGUUUGAGUAAUUUGUAAACAUACAGACCAAAGUUUUGUCAUAUAUCAUAUGCCAAUAAGUGUGAAAUAAAUGUUGUCUUACA